CAUAUAAAAUAGGCUGAGUUCAAGCUCUACAGAAGGCGUAGAAGCAACUUUGGGACACAGAAUGUCUUCACUACUGCAGGAGAAACUUUGUGAAAUUCAAAUUCAGGCUCCCGCUCCACAGAAAGAUUUUCACUACUUCACCAUCACAAAAACUGAGGUUAUCUGGAGAUCAUGGCACAUUACUUACCGACCUAAUCAAGAAAAGAUUUUUCCAAAGGAAUUGAAGAAGACGCACAGAGAUUUUCUAUUGGAUGAACAAUUACAUAAGCGAGUUCAAAGCAUUUUUGGGGAAAGCAUGCUGAAGUACACUCUCAACUUGUGUCAAGGACACUAUGAUUUCCUAGUUCGGUUGCCUGAAAAUUUGAUUGUUCAUAUCAUGUCAUUUCUUAAUCUGGAAGAUAUUGAACAGUUGUCAAAAACCUGCAAAAAGUUUCAGAAGCUGUGUAACACUGAUGAAUUUUGGGAAAGAAUAAAAAAACUGCAAGAUAAAUUUACUCUUGAUCUACAGUCAGCCAAAUUUCCAGCUUAUGAAAAGGAAAGGAAUUUUCAUCAAAGAAAAGGCUAUCUGACAAAGAUGCAGAGAAGGAACACCACAUUCUUCUAAAAAUCAUAUCUUCUUUUUAAUAAAGGCUGUACUAUUCAGAUUGCAUAACAUUACUGGACUAUAAAUGUUUCAUAGCAUCUCUGACU